UGGGAGCAGGGACAGCCCUGGCUGUGUCACACCAUGGCGUUCACGGGCACCUGGCAGAUCCACACUCAGGAGAACCUCGAGCCCUUCCUCAAGGCUCUGGGGUUGCCAGAGGACACUAUCAAAUUGGCCAAAGAUAUUAAGCCUGUUAUUGAAAUACAACAAAAAGGCAAUGACUUUGUUGUGACAUCCAAAACACCCAACAAAUCUGUGACCAACUCGUUCACACUUGGCAAAGAGGCUGACAUCACCACCAUGGAUGGCAGGAAGAUGAAGUGCACUGUGAACAUGGUCAAUGGGAAGCUGGUGUGCAAAUCAGAUAAAUUCUCUCACGAGCAGGAAGUGAAAGGAAAUGAAAUGGUGGAGACUAUAACAUAUGGUGGAGUAACACUUGUCAGAAGAGGCAAGAAAAUGUGAAGCCAGAUCCCCUCCUU